AGAACCAGACUUCAACCCAUUUAAUAGCUCGCUGUGCAUUUGAGUCGACAGCAGCUCUGAAAAGCUGCUAGCCAUUAUGAGGGCGCUACUUUUGAGCGUUUGCCUAUUCACACUCAUCUAUGCAGACGAGAUACAAACGAAAGGUAAAAGUGCAGAAACGCUUAUUACUGGUGAUGUUCUCCCGGAAAGCGGGGCGUUGAUGGACGCUUCAUCAGCCAAAAAUGUUAGGCCUGAGCCGAAUAAGGAAGACAACAGCCAAUUUACCGACGAUCGAGUUCAGGUUCCAGACGAUCAAACUCAGGAUCCCAGCGAUCAAAAUCAGGAUCCCAGCGAUCAAGAUGAGGACACUGGCGAUCAAGUUCAGGACCCCAACGAUCAAGAUGAGGACACGGGCGAUCAAGAUGAGGACACUGGCGAUCAAGUUCAGGACCCAAACGAUCAAGAUCAGGACCCCGAAGACCCCAACGAUCAAGAUCAGAACCCCAAAGACCCCAACGAUCAAGAUCAGGAUCCCAAAGACCCCAACGAUCAAGAUCAGGACCCCAAAGACCCCAACGAUCAAGAUCAGGACCCCAAAGACCCCAACGAUCAAGAUCAGGAUCCCAAAGACCCCAACGAUCAAGAUCAGGACCCCAAAGACCCCAACGAUCAAGAUUCUGACGAUCAGGAAGACCAGGAACCCGAUAAUGAGAAAGAGAGGGAUGUGAUGUCUCUUCCCGCGGAAGAAGACACUGCUGUAUCUGAAGCCGAGAAAAUACAAGCUUCAAAAAAGGCAAUCUGCCCUCGAUACAAUCCACGCAACCAGCGAUGCUGCGGCAAUAGAUACGUCUACAACUUCAGGACCCACAAGUGCUGCCAUGGGCGCGUCAUUCCCAUUAAGCUGCCGUGUAAACGUCGCUGUGGAAAACUUUGGUACAACCCUUAUCAUCAACGCUGCUGCGCCAAAAGAUACGUCUACAACUUCAGGACCCACAAGUGCUGCCAUGGGCGCGUCAUUCCCAUUAAGCUGCCGUGUAAACGUCGCUGUGGAAAACUUUGGUACAACCCUUAUCAUCAACGCUGCUGCGCCAAAAGAUACGUCUACAACUUCAGGACCCACAAGUGCUGCCAUGGGCGCGUCAUUCCCAUUAAGCUGCCGUGUAAACGUCGCUGUGGAAAACUUUGGUACAACCCUUAUCAUCAACGCUGCUGCGCCAACAGAUACGUCUACAACUUCAGGACCCACAAGUGUUGCUAUGGGCGCGUCAUUCCCAUUAAGCUGCCGUGUAAACGUCGCUGUGGAAAACUUUGGUACAACCCUUAUCAUCAACGAUGCUGCGCCAACCGAUACGUCUACAACUUCAGGACCCACAAGUGCUGCAAUCGGCGCGUCAUUCCCAUUAAGCUGCCGUGUAAACGUCGCUGUGGAAAACUUUGGUACAACCCUUAUCAUCAACGAUGCUGCGCCAACCGAUACGUCUACAACUUCAGGACCCACAAGUGCUGCCAUGGGCGCGUCAUUCCCAUUAAGCUGCCGUGUAAACGUCGCUGUGGAAAACUUUGGUACAACCCUUAUCAUCAACGCUGCUGCGCCAACAGAUACGUCUACAACUUCAGGACCCACAAGUGCUGCCAUGGGCGCGUCAUUCCCAUUAAGCUGCCGUGUAAACGUCGCUGUGGAAAACUUUGGUACAACCCUUAUCAUCAACGCUGCUGCGCCAACAGAUACGUCUACAACUUCAGGACCCACAAGUGCUGCUAUGGGCGCGUCAUUCCUAUUAAGAUGCUGUGUAAACAUCGCUGUGGAAAACUUUGGUACAACCCUCGCUUUAAGCGAUGCUGCGCCAAUAGAUACGUCUACAACUUCAGGACCCACAAGUGCUGCUAUAAUGGUGUCACUCCCAUAAGGCUACCAUGUAAACGUCCCUGUGGAAGACUUUGGUACAACCCUUAUCAUCAACGCUGCUGCGCCAACAGAUACGUCUACAACUUCAGGACCCACAAGUGCUGCCAUGGGCGCGUCAUUCCCAUUAAGCUGCCGUGUAAACGUCGCUGUGGAAAACUUUGGUACAACCCUUAUCAUCAACGCUGCUGCGCCAACAGAUACGUCUACAACUUCAGGACCCACAAGUGCUGCCAUGUGCGCGUCAUUCCCAUUAAGCUGCCGUGUAAACGUCGCUGUGGAAAACUUUGGUACAACCCUUAUCAUCAACGCUGCUGCGCCAACAGAUACGUCUACAACUUCAGGACCCACAAGUGCUGCCAUGGGCGCGUCAUUCCCAUUAAGCUGCCGUGUAAACGUCGCUGUGGAAAACUUUGGUACAACCCUUAUCAUCAACGCUGCUGCGCCGGCCGAUACGUCUACAAUUUCAGGACCCACAAGUGCUGCCAUGGGCGCGUCAUUCCCAUUAAGCUGCCGUGUAAACGUCGCUGUGGAAAACUUUGGUACAACCCUUAUCAUCAACGCUGCUGCGCCAACAGAUACGUCUACAACUUCAGGACCCACAAGUGCUGCUAUGGGCGCGUCAUUCCCAUUAAGCUGCCGUGUAAACGUCGCUGUGGAAGACUUUGGUACAACCCUUAUCAUCAACGCUGCUGCGCCGGCCGAUACGUCUACAACUUCAGGACCCACAAGUGCUGCCAUGUGCGCGUCAUUCCCAUUAAGCUGCCGUGUAAACGUCGCUGUGGAAAACUUUGGUACAACCCUUAUCAUCAACGCUGCUGCGCCAACAGAUACGUCUACAACUUCAGGACCCACAAGUGCUGCUAUGGGCGCGUCAUUCCUAUUAAGAUGCUGUGUAAACAUCGCUGUGGAAAACUUUGGUACAACCCUUAUCAUCAACGCUGCUGCGCCAGCCGAUACGUCUACAACUUCAGGACCCACAAGUGCUGCCAUGGGCGCGUCAUUCCCAUUAAGCUGCCGUGUAAACGUCGCUGUGGAAAACUUUGGUACAACCCUUAUCAUCAACGCUGCUGCGCCAACAGAUACGUCUACAACUUCAGGACCCACAAGUGCUGCUAUGGGCGCGUCAUUCCUAUUAAGAUGCUGUGUAAACAUCGCUGUGGAAAACUUUGGUACAACCCUCGCUUUAAGCGAUGCUGCGCCAAUAGAUACGUCUACAACUUCAGGACCCACAAGUGCUGCUAUAAUGGUGUCACUCCCAUAAGGCUACCAUGUAAACGUCCCUGUGGAAGACUUUGGUACAACCCUUAUCAUCAACGAUGCUGCGCCAACAGAUACGUCUACAACUUCAGGACCCACAAGUGCUGCUAUGGGCGCGUCAUUCCCAUUAAGCUGCCGUGUAAACGUCGCUGUGGAAAACUUUGGUACAACCCUUAUCAUCAACGCUGCUGCGCCAACAGAUACGUCUACAACUUCAGGACCCACAAGUGCUGCCAUGGGCGCGUCAUUCCCAUUAAGCUGCCGUGUAAACGUCGCUGUGGAAAACUUUGGUACAACCCUUAUCAUCAACGCUGCUGCGCCAACAGAUACGUCUACAACUUCAGGACCCACAAGUGCUGCCAUGGGCGCGUCAUUCCCAUUAAGCUGCCGUGUAAACGUCGCUGUGGAAAACUUUGGUACAACCCUUAUCAUCAACGCUGCUGCGCCAACAGAUACGUCUACAACUUCAGGACCCACAAGUGCUGCCAUGGGCGCGUCAUUCCCAUUAAGCUGCCGUGUAAACGUCGCUGUGGAAAACUUUGGUACAACCCUUAUCAUCAACGAUGCUGCGCCAACAGAUACGUCUACAACUUCAGGACCCACAAGUGCUGCUAUGGGCGCGUCAUUCCCAUUAAGCUGCCGUGUAAACGUCGCUGUGGAAAACUUUGGUACAACCCUUAUCAUCAACGAUGCUGCGCCAACAGAUACGUCUACAACUCCAGGACCCACAAGUGCUGCCAUGGGCGCGUCAUUCCCAUUAAGCUGCCGUGUAAACGUCGCUGUGGAAAACUUUGGUACAACCCUUAUCAUCAACGCUGCUGCGCCAACAGAUACGUCUACAACUUCAGGACCCACAAGUGUUGCUAUGGGCACGUCAUUCUUAUUAAGCUGAUGUGUAAACAUCGCCGUGGAUAAAGUGCUGCCGUGGGCGCUUGAUCCGAAGAGGUAGACGUUGUUGAUGUCUGCAGUUUUUAUGAAGAAUAUCAUGCAUGGAAAAAUAAAAAAGACCGAAUAGUGGACAUGAACCAAACCGACUAAUGGACAGGAUUUCUUUUUACUUUUAGUUUGUUAAUUUUUGAAUAAUUUAAAAUGUGUUUUUUGUCUUGAUUGUCAACAUUCAACGCAUCUGUUACUUGUGUUGAGCUCCCGUUUUUGUGAGCAAAAGAGCCCCCCUCCUCCUCCUGCACACCCCCUCACACACACACGCACGCACGCACGCACACACACACCACACACACACACGGACACACACGCACACACGCACGCACGCACACACACACAAACACAUAUUCUAGAGCACACUUGUAGAAUAAAGAACAAACAUAUGUGAACAUAGAGGCAGACGAGACACACAAGGGAACAUCACAUAGAAUGAGAAACAGACGGAGAAACUCACACAAACAGAUCUUGUAAACGUUCAGGUUGUAACAGCAAAAAAGUAAAAACCGGUACCUCCCCCAGCCAAGAGUGGUCAGAGUGGCCAUAGUUGGUCUAACCCAAAAAUUAGUGGUGACACUUGGUGACAAACUUUCUCACUUUCUCAUAGAAACUUCGAGUAUUAUAAUAUAACUUUAUAGAGGACCUAAACAACACUCUUAGAACAAAAAAAUGUUUGUUAAAAAAAUAUUUUGUUGUUUACAUUAGGUUUUCAGGUUGGACUAGUUUUCUAUACCUAUUGUUACCGUAACUUUAAAAAGGAAAAAUGAUUUAUAAAAAAAGCUAAACCAAAAA